CAUGGCUUCUCUUCCUCUUCCAACCACACCAAAUCCACAUUUCUCUCGCUCUAGAUAUACCCAAACCAGGAAAUCGAUAAAUGUCACAACAACCCAUCUCCCCAAUUUCCAGAAUAAUGAGCAAAGAUUUCCAAUUUCCUACAAAUCUUACUUCCACCACAUAUCUUCUCUCUGCAAAGAAGGUCAACUUCCUGAAGCUUUGGCAAUUCUUACUGAAAUGGAACUUGAAGGUUUCCAAAUUGGACCGGAAAUUUAUGGAGAACUCCUUCAAGGCUGCGUGUAUGAGCGAGCUCUGUUCACAGGUCAGCAAAUUCACGCUCGAAUCCUUAAGAAUGGUGAUUUCUUCUCCAGCAAUGAGUACAUUGAAACCAAGUUGGUGAUUUUCUAUGCAAAAUGUGAUCUUCCAGAAGUUGCUACUGAAUUGUUUCAAAGGCUUCGCAAACAAAACGUUUUUUCUUGGGCUGCCAUGAUUGGGUUGUAUUGUAGGAUAGGCUGUAAUGAAGAAGCUUUGCUGGGCGUCUGUGAAAUGCAUGAAAAUGGAUAUUUUCCAGAUAAUUAUGUUGUGCCAAAUGCUCUGAAAGCUUGUUCUGCUCUGCAGUUGGUUAAGUUUGGAAAAGGGGUUCACGGUUAUGUUAUAAAGAUGGGUUUUGAUUGCUGCGUCUUUGUUGCGAGCAGUCUAGUAGAUAUGUAUGGAAAAUGCGGGGUCUUGGAAGACGCAAGGAAGGUCUUCAAUUUAAUGCCUGAGAGGAACGUCGUUGCUUGGAAUUCAAUGAUCGUAGGUUAUGUACAAAAUGGGCUGAAUGAGGAAACAAUGGAGGUCUUUUAUAAUAUGCGAGUGGAAGGCAUUGAACCAACUAGAGUCACCAUUGCUAGCUUCCUUUCGGCAGCAGCAAAUUUAGAUGCUAUUGAAGAGGGUAGACAAGUCCAUGCUAUUGCAGUUUUGAGCGGAUUAGAGUUAGAUAACAUUUUGGGUACUUCUUUCAUAAACUUCUAUGCAAAAGUUGGUAAGAUUGAAGAUGCCGAGCUUAUUUUCAGUAGGAUGAAUGAGAGAGAUGUGGUAACUUGGAAUUUGCUUAUUUCGAGCUAUGUGCAAGAUGGGCAGGUAGAAACCGCCCUUGAUAUCUGCCACCAAAUGAGAUCAGAAAAUCUUCGAUUUGACUCAGUUACUUUAGCAUCUAUUUUGUCUGCUUUUGCUGAUUCUAGCAAUAUAAAGCUUGGUAAAGUGGGGCACUGUUAUUGUAUUAAAAACAAUUUUGUUUCUGAUGUGGUUGUUUCUAGUAGCAUCAUAAAUAUGUAUGCAAAGUGUGGGAAGAUUGAAUAUGCCAGACGGGUUUUCAACACCUCAAUGCAGAGUGAUCUUGUGCUCUGGAAUACCCUAAUUGCUGCUUAUGCAGAGUUAGGUCUAAGUGGCGAGGCCUUGAAAUUGUUUUAUCAGAUGCAACUAGAGGGUGUCCCCCCAAAUUUGAUAUCAUGGAAUUCUGUGAUUUUGGGAUUUCUGAAAAAUAGCCAGGUUAAUGAGGCCAGAGACUUGUUCUUGCAGAUGCAGUCUGCUGGUGUCCAACCCAACUUGAUCACUUGGACCACUCUUAUCAAUGGUUUAGCCCAAAAUGGAUAUGGGUACGAGGCUAUCCUACUUUUCCAGAAAAUGCAAGCAGCUGGCAUCCAACCCAAUGUUGUCAGCAUUGUCUGUGUGCUCUCAGCUUGCACAACUAUAGCAUCUUUACUCUAUGGAAGAACCAUUCACGGUUAUGUCAUGAGGCAUGAGAUUUCAACAUCUCCUUCAAUUGUAACUUCCCUAGUAGACAUGUAUGCUAAAUGUGGAAGUAUAGAUCUAGCUAAGAAGGUGUUUGAUUCAAUUUUGAACAAGGAGCUGCCUUGCUAUAAUGCAAUGAUACUUGGACAUGCACUACAUGGUCAACCAGCAGGAGCUUUUGCAUUCUUUGAAGAGAUGAAGAAAGAAAAGAUACAACCAGAUGGUAUCACUUUCACUGGUCUCCUAUCAGCAUGUAGCCAUGCUGGCUUAGUGGAUAAAGGUUUUGAGGUAUUUACUGAAAUGUUCUCAAAAUACCAUGUGAUGCCAAGUAAGGAGCAUUAUGGUUGUUUGGUUACUCUCCUUUCUCGGUGUGGAAGUCUGGAAGGAGCUCUUAGGUUCAUCCUCACAAUGCCAAUUGAACCUGAUGCGCACAUAUUAGGAUCACUUCUUGCUGCUUGUAGAGAACACAAUGAGACUGAUCUGGGAAAAUAUUUGUCUGAACACCUUUUCAAAUUAGAACCAGAUAAUUCGGGGAAUUAUAUAGCAGUUUCAAACAUAUAUGCUUCAACAGGAAAGUGGGAUGAGGUAUCACAAUUGAGGGAUUUGAUGAAGCAGAAAGGACUAAGAAAGGAUCCUGGGUGCAGCUGGAUUCAAAUUGGAGAAGAACUCCAUGUGUUUGUUGCAGGUGAUGGAUCACACCCGCAAACUGAGGUAAUUUACCACAUGUUGUCUGGAUUGGAGAGGGAAAUGAGAUUUAUGGGAUAUGUAACCGCGGAUGGUAAUAUCAAAUAUCCUGCUUCUAAAAGCAUAACCUGAUUACUUUUAUUGGAUAUAUUGAGAGCUCCCUGUUGAGAUAUUAACCGAGAUGUAACUUACUGCCAUAGAAUGAGUCUAAUUCAGUUGAUGGUCUUGUCUGCAUGGAGAAAAACCGAUGUAGGGCCAACAAGAAGCUCAUGAAGUAUCCACAAAGUUUUGUUGAUGUGGAUAUGAUGCACAUUGCUGCCCUUUCACAUCUAAAAGACAUUGAAACUACACGAGUGCAUAGUGAUCAGUAGGGAACAGUGUUAGAUAUCUAACCAAACUCCAAAGAAGAACAGAAGCAAGUUUUGGCAUUGGGAUUUCGUUAGUCAAGAUGGGUCAAUUAUCACAUCUUGGAGAUUAGUGCCACUAUGAAACAUAGCCACCAAGAACAGAUACAUUUUGAAUUAUGACAUAACUCCAUUUGGGUUGGAAAAUCUCUGCUCAAACUUUUCUUGAGAAAUGGAUUGCACUAAACUACAGUUGAGUACUUGGUGAGAUAACAUUUUCAGUGAUUGUCAUUGUUGCUUUACAUGACCACUGAACCCAGAUUUGGGUCUCAGAUAUGGGAGGCAUCCAUUUUUAUUAUUUAUGUAAUUGGCAUAGAAGGAAAUACAUAUACUAACCUAGCUUCAUUGCUUUUUGAGUAGA